UCACAGCGCGAUGGCGGCGGCUCCUUCAGGCAGCUGAAGGGGGAUUUAGGCCCGGAAGAUCCGAGUCCAUCCGCGGCGGGGAGAGGGCGAGCGGGGUCGGUGGGGGCCGGAGCAGGGGCGGCGGCGCUCGGACUGUCCCAUCCGCCCCGUAUUGAGGCGCUGGGAGCAGCGGGGCGGCCGGAAAGCGAUGGUGAAAGCGGGGCCGUGAGGGGGGCGGAGCCGGCAGCCCGACCCGCCGUAGCGGCAGCAGCGGCGCCGCCUCCCCGAGCUCAGACCCAGGAAGCGGCCGGGAGGGCAGGAGCGAGCCGGACCCGCCGCCGCCGCCGCCAUGGAGCUCAGAGUCGGGAACAGGUACCGGCUGGGCCGGAAGAUCGGCAGCGGCUCCUUCGGAGACAUCUAUCUCGGUACGGACAUUGCUGCCGGAGAAGAAGUUGCCAUCAAGCUUGAAUGCGUCAAAACCAAACACCCUCAGCUCCACAUCGAGAGCAAAAUCUACAAAAUGAUGCAGGGAGGAGUGGGCAUCCCCACCAUCCGGUGGUGCGGGGCGGAGGGGGACUACAACGUCAUGGUGAUGGAGCUGUUGGGGCCAAGCCUGGAGGAUCUGUUCAACUUCUGCUCGAGGAAAUUCAGCCUCAAAACUGUCCUGCUGCUUGCUGACCAGAUGAUCAGUCGCAUUGAGUACAUUCACUCAAAGAACUUCAUCCACCGAGACGUGAAGCCAGAUAACUUUCUCAUGGGGCUGGGGAAGAAAGGCAACCUCGUGUACAUCAUUGACUUCGGGCUGGCCAAGAAGUAUCGGGACGCACGGACCCACCAGCACAUCCCGUACCGUGAGAACAAGAACCUCACCGGGACGGCGCGGUACGCCUCCAUCAACACGCAUCUUGGCAUCGAGCAAUCCCGGAGAGAUGACCUGGAGUCACUGGGCUACGUGCUCAUGUACUUCAAUCUGGGCUCUCUGCCCUGGCAGGGGCUGAAGGCCGCCACCAAGAGGCAGAAGUACGAGCGGAUCAGCGAGAAGAAGAUGUCCACGCCCAUCGAAGUGCUGUGUAAAAGCUACCCCUCUGAGUUCGCCACGUACCUGAACUUCUGCCGCUCCUUGCGCUUUGACGACAAGCCCGACUACUCCUACCUGCGGCAGCUCUUCAGGAAUCUCUUCCACCGCCAGGGCUUCUCCUACGACUACGUGUUCGACUGGAACAUGCUCAAGUUCGGAGCCAGCCGGGCCGCUGAUGAUGCUGAGCGGGAGCGCCGGGACCGAGAGGAGCGGCUGAGGCACUCCCGAAACCCAGCCGCCCGUGGCCUCCCCUCCACGGCCUCGGGCCGCCUGCGGGGCACCCAGGAAGUGGCUCCGCCCACCCCCCUCACCCCUACCUCACACACUGCUAACACCUCUCCUCGGCCCGUGUCCGGUGUGGAAAGAGAGCGGAAAGUGAGUAUGCGGCUGCACCGCGGUGCCCCUGUCAACAUCUCGUCCUCUGAUCUCACGGGCCGGCAAGACACCUCCCGCAUGUCCACCUCUCAGAAUAGCAUUCCUUUCGAACACCACGGCAAGUAGCUGCACGUCUCCCGUUGGAAGGCAGCACCGGAUUCCCGGUCGGGUGGCUUCCAGUGGUCUUCAGUCUGUGGUGCACCGAUGAGAACUCUCCUUUUUGCUGUGAAGGGCAGACAAUGCAUGGCUGAUCUACUCUGUUACAAUGGCUUUACUAGUGACGCGCCCCCCGGUCUAGAACCGAAACGUUAACACCGGGAGCUCUCCAGGCCGCCCACCCAGCGAUGCCCGUGGGGGAAACAAAACACAAACUAAACCGGACAGACUCCAAAGCGCUGCCGUCGCAGGGGCUGCACCGAGGGCCCCCCACGUGGACUCAGUUGUUGCGGGCUGGGAAGAAAAGCGGAGUGUGAGAGACCCUUGCAGAGAGAACCAAACUCCCGCCCCAGAGCCUUUCGGUUCCCCUCCAGUGGCGGUGCGCCCUGCUCCCUGACGAGCCUACUGUAGCCACCGACCUUCUACUUGGUUAAGACAGUUUUGUAUCAUUUUGCUAAAAAUUACUGGCUUAAAUCUGUGUAAAGAAA